AUGGGUGUGAUCAUGCACCUAGAUCCAGACAUUCUGAAGUGCAACGUCAAGACCAAGUUGCCCCACCACCCCCCCCCCCCGCCCCAGCAGCUGAGGCGCACAGGCUUCGUCUCCCCAGAGCGCGUGGAGUAUUCCUGGACCAGGGAUGAGGCUCGAGAGCCCCACACUGGACGGCUGACGUUCCGGGAUGUGACCAUAGACUUCACUCAAGAGGAGUGGGAAUGCCUGGACCUCGGUCAGCGGGACUUGUACAGGGAUGUGAUGUUAGAGAACAACAGGAGCCUGGCCUCCUUGGGUCUUGUGGCCUCUAAGCCGAACCUGGUCACCUUUCUGGAGGAAUUGAACGACCCCAGGAGUAUAAGGAGAAUGGACACAGCAGCCAUACACCCAGAAUGUGGCAAAGCCUUUAUUGCGAGUUCAAAUCUUAGUAAACAUCACCGAAUUCAUAUGGAGGAGAAGCGUUAUAAGUGUACAGAUUGUGGGAAGACCUUCAUAAACAGUUCUGAACUUACUAGACAUCAGCAAAUUCAUACUGGGGAGAGACCGUAUAAGUGUAUAGAAUGUGGCAAAGGCUUUAAUCAGAAGAUCAAUCUUACUGCACAUCUGCGAGUGCAUACUGGAGAGAAACCUUAUAAAUGUACAGAAUGUGGCAAAGCCUUUAAUCAGAAAUCAAUUCUCACUAAACAUCUGCGAGUUCAUUCUGGAGAGAAACCUUAUAAAUGUACAGAAUGUGGCAAAGCCUUUAAUCAGAAAUCACGUCUCACUAGACACUUGCGAGUGCAUACUGGAGAGAAAUCAUAUAAAUGUACAGAAUCUGGCAAAGCCUUUAGUCAGAACUCAACUCUUACCCAUUAUCAACGAAUUCAUACUGGGGAGAAACCCUAA